GGGAACAUGAUGGUACUUCUGGUGGUAUAUAUGAACAACUCAAUGCGAACAACAAUCAAUGCCCUACUAGUGAACCUAUCAUUGUCUGAUAUCCUCUAUAUCAUUCUCUCGGUGCCCAGUUUUCUCCAGCUCGAGAUCUGUAACCAACGCUGGUUACUUGGUUUUCCCAUGGCUAAAAUAAGUCAAGGAACUAUGAUCGUUUCUGGGGCCGCGGUUGUCUUCACAUUGAUAGCAAUUGCGUUUGAAAGGUAGGAGUCACUUUCAGUGGCGUAGCCAGCCAUACGAUUCAGUUCCGCUAUACAAAUAUUGCCAUGUUUAUAUGAAACUAUCACCACGAGUACUAGUUAAAACAUGAGCAGCCGAUCUUUAUCUGAUAUACAAACUCGAGCCGAAGGCGAGAGUUUGUAUAUCAGAUAAAGAUCGGAUGCGAAUGUUUCAACGUGUUUAAAAAACGACCCAUCUUAUGAGUUCAUUGGCGAUGUACCAGGGGAGAAUCCACGACUUUCGGCAGAGCGUUGACUUUUACUCUUUUCACAUGAGGACUGGGUUCGAGUCGCAAUGAGAAAGUACUCACUGAGGCUUACCUGCGGCCUCAGAGGUGAAAGGCAAGUGCGCUAGCCACUUGGCCACCGAAGUCCCACAUUGAACAACACUUUACAAUCUCGAUUCUCGAAUGACACAUACGUAACUAGUGAUAUUAUUCAUUUUGUUUGAAAUUGGUUCGUUCGAAAAUUUAUUUUCAUAUAGGUAUUUCGCCAUCGUGCACCCGCUGAAGGCCAGGGCACGAACCAAGAGUAGGCCGACAAUUUGGCCACUGGCCGUGAUCUGGAUUUGCUCUAUAGUUUUUGCACUACCAUUUUUCAUCGCCAUCACAACGAGAGUAACUCAACAUUAUGUAAAAGAAAAUGGUCAAGUUACACUACAAGAUAUUACGUUCAUUGACAUAGACUUCGACGUACACAAAUUUAGAAUAUACUAUGUGAUCGUAUUUCUUGGAUUGCACGUACUACCGUUCGUAUCACUGGUAACUAUGUAUACUCGAAUAGCUUGGAAAUUAUGGCACCCUGAUAGACGGCUGACCGAACAACCCGAAGGCGCUGGUGGAAACGAGACCGUAUCGCGUGUAUCCGAACGAAAUCGCCGCAGGACAACAAAAAUGGUGAUCGUCGUUUUGAUCGCAUUUUUUGUAUGUUUUUUCCCAUUCCAUGUAUACUUUAUCACGCAAGUAUUUAGUGAUAGCUACGAGAAUAAGCCAACGAAGAUUGGAUCGGUUCUGAAGUUGCUUUUAGUAUUAAACGCAGCAGUAAAUCCGAUUGUGUAUAAUCUACUGAGCGAGAAAUUUCGCGGGGCAUUUCGGAGCAUGCUCGCGUGUUGUCCACGCGCAACACCCGAAAUGGCCACGGCCAGUUUGAAUAGAACGCAAAGUUCUGGAAACUAAUGGAUAUAAUAUUUCUGUAGUGCUAAAUAAGUUUUCUUAAUAAACAAUGGAUUAAGUGAAGGACAGUCUGCGUUUUAUUAAUUAUCAAGGAGCUUACACAAGGAUCGGAAGUCGAUAAUUCAAAGAGGACGGCUAUCAAUUGACAACAGUACAAUGGCAUUAAUCAUAUAGCACAAAAGAAAUUAAUAAUUAAAAGUCUAGCAGGGGCUUUAGACGUUGUCCAACAAGGCAUUUUUUAAUUCCAUGAACUGCUGGGGCAUUUGCCCCACUGGGCCCCUUCCUCUGCCCCACCACUGAAGAAAAGAAAUGGCCUAUUGCCCCAAAGCUAGGGCCCUAGGACCUGUAUUGAG